GGGGGCGGGACUUCCGACAGCGCAGGUUGGACAUAAAGUGACAGACUUCACCUCCUUAAAAUUGGAAGAAAAACCGAAGGACGACGCGAUACAAGUUUUAAAACAAUUGUAAUGAUUUUCAGACAUGGACGACAUAAACCUUCAUUAUCGCUUUCUGAACUGGAGGAGGCGGAUUCGAGAAAUUCGUGAAGUGCGAGCAGUGCGAUAUCGGGAGCGGCUCAAAAGGAUGCUGAGAGAUGGAGACAUACUCAGGUAUCAUGGGAAUUCAGAUGAAGUUGGUUGUUUUGUUGCGGCCAGACCGUUGUCAAGAAGAAAUCGCUAUUAUGAAGUGACCAUCAUUGAUACAGGAGUGAGGGGAAUGAUUGCUGUUGGUUUGGUUCCUCAGUGCUAUAAGCUGGACCAUCAGCCGGGCUGGCUCCCACAGUCUGUGGCUUUUCAUGCUGAUGAUGGCAAGCUGUAUAAUGGCAACACUGUAGGACAGCAGUUUGGUCCAAAAUGCUGCAGAGGUGAUCGAAUCGGCUGUGGAAUAUCCCUGGACUCAGAUGAUGGACAGUUAACGGUAUUUUUUACCAAGAAUGGCAAGGAAGUCGGCAGUGUUGAAAUCCCAGCAUCUCCUGAUGCUCUCUACCCUGCUGUGGGAAUGCACUCUCUGGGGGAAGAAGUGCUUCUGGACCUGAACGCUGAAUGGGGGAUGGAGGAGGAUGAUGGACAGAUGAUCGUGGAUAGUCAUGAAGAGGACUGGAGCCGUCUCCAUGAUGUCAAGGUGACUGGCACGCUGCUGGAGUACGUGGGUAAAGGGAAGAGCAUCGUGGACGUGGGUUUGGCUCAGGCCCGUCGGCCUCUCAACACACGCUUCCACUACUAUGAACUGGAGAUCACAGAUGCUGGAGAGAAGUGUUACAUCGCCCUGGGGCUGGCACGCAGGGACUACCCCAAAAACAGACAUCCAGGUUGGAGUAGAGGGUCCAUAGCCUAUCACGCUGAUGAUGGAAAGCUGUUCCAGGGCAGUGGGGUUGGGGACGCGUUCGGACCACGCUGCUUUGAAGGGGACAUCAUGGGCUGUGGAAUCAUGUUCCCACGUGACUACAGCCUUGAUGGUGGAGAUGACGUAGACGACUGGGACUUUGAGGUGUUUCCCAAGCCCAGUGAGGUUCAGAAUGACUUGUAUGCAAGCAACGAAGAUGAGGAGGACGAGGGAGAAGAUUUGGAGGGGAGGAUGGUCACGGUGUUCUUCACCAGAAAUGGAAAGGUGGUGGGCCGGAGGGAAGUGGCCUUACCUGUGGGAGGCUUGUACCCCACGAUUGGCAUGAUGAGCACUGGAGAGAAGGUCAGAGUGGACCUGCACCCCCUCAGUGGAUGAGCAGAGUGGAGGAAAUGAGCAGUGAAAUCAGAGUGAGGACGAUUGAUUGAGCACUAGUACAUUUUGGAGAUCGGACAAUAAAUAAUACCUCUGCAUCAGGGGCUCCAAGGUGUUACUUGAAAAGUCACUCCUGUGUAGGUGACUGCGCUUCCCUCAUGCUGUAAGAAUGAUCAAAAUAAUGCAUGUUACUAGAGCAUGCAUGCCUCAAAAAAGAGCUUUAUAAUUAAAUGGUUUUACAAUAAUUGUUAAACCAGGGGUUUGUAAGGGUAAACACUAUUUUUUGACAAUUUCAUCAAACAGAGUAAAGUUAAUAAAAUAACAUAAAAUGCCCCCAAAAAAAGGAUCUCACCAGAAUAAUGAAUGUAAAAAUCCAAUUAUAGGAGACCCCAGCUAACAAGUGGACGCUCUUAUCACCAAUAUUGUACGUCUGCAGAUACAUAGCGCCACUGACAGCCUGCAGCCACUCUGUGCUCAUUACCGGAGCUCUGCUGUAUUUCCUCCUGUCGAUGGUGUGUUACUGACACUCAGUGGUGAGAGUGAUAUUCUGAGAUAGUCUUCCAAAAAAAAAAAAAAAAACAUAGUACACUGAAGGAACAGUGAGUUUACUCAUUCAGUAAAACUGGCUGCUUUAUCGCUGUGGUUGUCUCUGAGUGUGGGUGCUUGUUCUGACAUGGAGUCAUUACAGCAUAUUUUGUGGCAACUUUGCAAGCCACAUGCAUUGGGAAUUAUGGGAUAAUUACAUGUAAUAACAAUUUGUUGAAAUAAUUUCCAAACCACCAUUAUGACCUUUAAUUGUGAUAUUGGAAGAAGAAGUUUUAAAGGAAACAUUUCAAAUGCAGGUUGGUUUUAUGACUAGCUGACUGAUGAUUUUUACCUAAUUGUUGACGAUGUACUGUCUUUAAAUCACAUCAGAAUCUUUAAGAUAAGAAUUUGUAAAAAUGAAACCAAAAUCAUGUCAGUGGAAGAACUUCUAAUAGAUUUGUACUAAGGUGACAGUAUGAGUCUGUGGAUAUUGCUUUCAAUGUGUUUUCCAUUAUAGAGAUAUUUGGUGUCCAGGUGUAACUACACUAUAUUCAUGUUCUUAGAGCAUGUAUCUUACAGUUUCCCUUACACACACAACAAACCAAGAGAUUUUACUGAUCUCGAAGUUAAUGCCACACUUAGUGGAGCCUUUGGUUAAGUUCUUCACAUUAAAAAGACACAUUUGAAGUCAUGAUAUUUAAUGUAUUUAUACGUGUAUAAUGCAUACAUGAAUAUAUACAUGGUCUAUUUGGGAUGAGAUGGAUGGCAAAUGUCUCAAAAAGGGAAAACCGUUUAAGAGCGAUUUUCUUUGAGUUGAACCCUGUCAGGACAAGAAUAAUUAAGGACUAAACAUGGUGUAGUAGUAAAUCUCUUUAUAGUUCAACAUCUGAAUAUUUUACUUAAGAUCUGAAUGUUGAAAAUGAAGCCAUACUGUAACUAAUAUUUGCUGCUCUCAGGUAUAUUUGAAAAUCUAAAAUGAGUAUCUUGUCUUUUUUUGUGGUUAUUUUUUUAUUUUAUUUUGCUGUAUGAAGUCAACCAUUGAUUGCCACAAACCUGUAAUCCAUUUUUGUUCAUGUUUUUUUUGUCUGGUUAGAAACUCAGUUAUUGUUUUCCUAAUGAAUCCAUCUUUUGAAAUUGAAGACUGUUAAAGUAGGAGACCUACGACUGUGUUCCCCCUGAUUUGUUGUGUCAAGUUAUUGUAAAGGAUUUUCUUUUUUGUGAAACCAAAUUUUACACGCAACACCUACCAUUUUACCAAAACUGUAGAGAUAAAGUCCCUGCUUUUAGUAUCAAUUCAUACUACACUUAUAACAGGAUUCUCUGCAGUCGUCCGUGCUUCAAGUUUUGUUAUUCAUAAACAUAUAACAAUAGGCUGUAAACUGCUGGAAACAACUUUUACCUGCAAUACUGUACUUUAAAAGUAAAAAAAAAAAGUCAUAAACAAAUGUAAGAACUUGAUAAAUGUUGUGUCUAGGCUUUACAACCAGACAGCUUUUAAACAUUUGACCUAAUGAGCAAAGUGCCUGUGUAAAAAAGGAUCCAGUUUGGACCCUUUAUUAAAUAACACACCUGGUUGUAGGAUCCAGGUGUCGUGUUGGUAAUGUUCCACCUGGUCGUUGGUUCAUGCUGAUUCUGAAGUUUGUGGAACUACAUUCACACUUUGACACCUCAUCCCAAAGAGGUCACAUGUCCAUAGACUCCACAGGUCAGUGAAAAUACCUAAAAACACCUUAUUGGAUCCAUGUUGGACUCCAAAAACCUGCUGGGAUAUUCAUUUGAAUAAGGAUUAAUUGCGUUCAUGAAGUGUCUCCCUGGUCAGUCGGCGAGAUAUUUUAAAGAGUGAUGUUCAUGUGAUGCUCAAAUGCUGCUAACUGUGUGCUGAGGAAACCCUCUGAACGUCAUUUUAUCAGCUUGUACUGUAGACAGGGUGUACUCAUGUUCGGUUUUUCACUUGUCACUGUAAUCACGUGAUUCUUUGUCUUAGUUCACAGAAGCUAAUAAUGGUCUUCUGCUAAUGUUCUGUUAAUCAUCUAUCACCCGCUUUGAAUAUUUAGCCCUGCUUUAUCUUUUGUGUCAUUAAUCAUGAAUGAAGUUUAACGCAGUCAGGCCAUCUUUCAGUAGGUCCCUCUCAAUCCAGCCCUUGUGUACAUCCUGUCAUGUAUGUUUUCAUUUCAUCUCGACUUUUCUCUGGUUCUCUUGUGUCUCUUUUCACUUAAAGCAAUCAGAUAAACAUGCCAAAAAGAAUGUAAACAAAAAUAAAGAAUAUUUACAUUCAACGCA